AUGAAUUAUAAAACACCUGUUAAAAGUGCUACUUUGGGAGAAGAAAGGAAAGUUAUAAAGUUGGCUAUUAUUUAUUAUCAAUCAUGUGAUGAUAUUGUGGGAAAAUGGAGGCCCGUUACAUCGCUCCCGCAUUUGUUGACUAUCGAAUCCCCUGCUGUGGCCGUGAAAAGGUCGACUCACAACGUGCAAAGUGAGAAAAGUGAUUCGGAGAAAAAUGGGAAUCAUUUAGGCCAAAACGAAACGAAUGAACUGAAGCUCAUCAAGGGCCGCACAGCUGAUGAAUGA